AACAUGUUAAAAAGCAGGGCCAGCUCCCCUGGCUCAGCCUGGAGGUCUGGCUUCUCAGUCGACAUGAAGGCUCUCCUUAUUCUGGGGCUUCUCCUCCUCCCUGUUGCUGCCCAGGGCAAGGUCUUUGAGCGAUGUGAGCUUGCCAGAACUCUGAAAAGACUUGGAAUGGAUGGCUUUAGAGGAGUCAGCCUGGCAAACUGGAUGUGUUUGGCCAGAUGGGAAAGCAAUUACAACACACAAGCUACAAACUACAAUAGUGGAGACAGAAGCACUGACUAUGGGAUAUUUCAAAUCAAUAGCCACUGGUGGUGUAAUGAUGGCAAAACCCCAGGAGCAGUUAACGCCUGUGGUAUACCCUGCAGCGCUUUGCUGCAAGAUGACAUCACUCAAGCUGUAGCAUGUGCAAAGAGGGUUGUCAGUGAUCCACAAGGCAUUAGAGCAUGGGUGGCCUGGAGAAAUCGAUGUCAAAACCAAGAUCUCACCAGUUACAUUCAGGGUUGUGGAGUGUAACCUUGGAGUUUUCACUUCAGCCCAUUUUGUCUCUUUUUCAUAUUAAGGAAGUAAUAGUUGAGAGAAAGGUCAUACUUUCAAACAAAUAAUGUUUUUUAUAGAAGCAGAAGCAUGUGGUCUUUCUUUUAAGAUACUUAAUGUUUACUUCAUGUGUUUAUUAUUUGAUGUUAGGCCCACAGUGUAUUUCAGUUUGUUAAUAGACCUAAUGCUGGUGAAUAUUUGUCUAAAAUCUUAAUUAUUAAAUAUAUAACCAGAACAUUCAGUUCUUAAAGAAAUAGCACAGACUGAAUCUUGAACCCUACAAGUACUCCCCAAUAUUCAACAAAAAUAUAGCAAAAUAAUAUCUUUAAACAAAUUGAUCUUAGGCAAAAUCCCACCCGUGUAGUAGUCAUGUAACACCUUCAUCUGUUCAGUCAUCUCCAAAAACAGUAAAAGAUAACCACUUUUUGCUGGGCAAUAUAAAAUGUUAAAUAGAGCAGAAUGCCAAAUGACUAAAAAUGAAGAAAGUCUGAUUUAAGAAUUUUGUUUUCAUAAAGUGUGACCUUUGUUUUAAAUGUUGUCUUGGAAAUGUUGCAUUUAAACAGCUUUAAAAAUAAGCUCAGAAUUUAUAUGUCAAUCUCUUUUUGUCCUUUUAAAGAACUCAAUUGUGCAUCUUGUUGUCAUGAAUGAUAUAAAGACAGAUUAGAUGAGCUGUUGUUUUUUCUUAAUGUUAUAAGCUUAGUUUCAUGCAUUAUGACAAAUUCAGAAGCAGAAGAGUUUGUAAGUAUUGAAAUCCUUGCUAGUUAAUCCCAGGUGUGAAAUCAUGAAUGCUGUAAAAAGUACCUUUUCAGUAAAAGCUUUGCAAUUUA